AUGGCAACAUGAGCACAAAUUGGAUUCCAAAAUAGAGCAUCCCCUCUAAUAGAACAACUUAUCUUUUUCCACGACCACGCCCUUCUUAUUCUUAUUUUGAUUACCACUCUAGUAGGAUAUUUUAUACUUAGUUUAGUCACCAACAAAUUUGUCAACCGUUACUUGCUUGACGGACAGAUAAUCGAAAUUAUCUGGACUGUUCUUCCUGCUGUUAUUUUAAUCAUCCUAGCCCUGCCCUCAUUACGGCUCCUCUACCUCAUUGAUGAGACCACAGAACCCAGAAUCACCUUAAAGACUGUAGGCCAUCAAUGAUACUGAAGUUAUGAAUAUUCUGAUUUCAAGGAUAUCGAAUUUGAUUCUUACAUGAUGCCAUCGAACGACCUAGAAAAAGGGCAAUUCCGCCUUCUUGAAGUAGACAACCGAGUGAUUUUACCAUACCUCACCCAGGUACGUCUACUAGUCACAGCAGGAGACGUAAUCCACUCCUGAACAAUCCCCAGUUUAGGAAUCAAAGCUGACGCCGUACCUGGUCGUUUAAAUCAACUUAACGUAUUUUUUAAUCGACCAGGUGUCUUUUAUGGUCAAUGCUCCGAAAUUUGUGGGGCCAAUCAUAGUUUUAUACCCAUCACUGUAGAGGCGGUUAACCCCGCGGACUUCCUAAGUUGAGUUAAAUCAUUCU